GCAGUUAUUACAUCAGCGUUGAUUGAUAUGUAUGCCAAGUGUGGUAAAAUUCACUCUGCUGAGAAGUUAUUCAAUAAUGGAUUCCAUUUAAAAGAUGUUAUACUCUGUAACUCUAUGAUUAUGAGUUAUGGAAUAUAUGCUCACGGGCAUUAUGCUCUAGGUGUCUAUGGUAGAAUGAUAGAGGAAAGGCUCAACCCAAAUCAAACUACAUUUGUUUCACUGCUAACAGCUUGCAGUCACUCAGGCCUUGUUGAAGAAGGUAAGGCUUUGUUCCACUGCAUGGAAAGGGAUCAUAACAUUAAGCCUCAGGACAAACACUAUGCUUGUCUUGUGGAUCUUCUUAGUCGAGCCGGCCGCCUCGAGGAAGCAGAUGCAUUGGUGAAACAAAUGCCCUUCCAACCCAGCACAGAUGUGCUUGAAGCUUUGCUCAGUGGUUGCAGAACCCAUAAGAAUACUAACAUGGGGAUACAAAUAGCAGAUAGAUUAAUUUCCUUAGAUUACUUGAACUCUGGAAUUUAUGUCAUGUUAUCAAAUAUAUAUGCUGAAGCAAGAAAAUGGGAAUCAGUGAACUACAUACGAGGCCUCAUGAGGAUGCAGGGCAUGAAGAAAAUACCUGGUUAUAGUUUGAUUGAAGCAGGGAACAAGGUAUACACAUUUUUUGCUAGUGAUGAUUCACAUCCUAAUUGGGCUGAUAUUUAUCAAUUAUUAGAGAAUUUGAGGCUUGAGGUGGAGACAGAAGGUUACAUUCCUGAUACUAGUUGUGUUCUUCGUGAUGUAAAUGAGCCAAUGAAGGUUAAGUUGCUCUGGGGACAUAGUGAGAGACUAGCUAUUGCAUUCGGUCUUUUAAGCACACCUUAUGGAAGCUUGAUUAGGAUCACCAAAAAUCUUCGUGUGUGUGUUGACUGUCAUAAUGUUACCAAAUACAUAUCAAAAAUAGUUCAGAGGGAAAUUAUCGUUUCCAUCACUUUGUUAAUAGGAAAUGCUCAUGUAAUGAUUACUGGUAAUGAGGACUUGCUGAGAACUAUGAUGCACAGAUAAAAUAUGGAUCCAAUA